AUGCCGAAUUAUUGUAGUGAGCCGCUCACUGCCAUGCACUGCUUGAAUGGCAUGCCAUGCGAGCUGCGUCACGUCCCAUCAGUCUCUCGUUGCGUGCCUGGGACGAGCGGUGAUGGCGCGGCUGGAUUUGUGUCGAUGAAUCCGUCCACUUUUUCUGGCAGCUUUCAUCUGAGCAAUGCCGGGAGCCCUGGGAACAAGCAGGGCAGUACGUGUCGCAUCAUCGAUAUCCUGGACUUCUUUUUCGUUGCGCAUCCCAAUUCGGGGCGCAAGGAAGGCAGGGAGAAUGAGCGGAUCUUUUAUUACAACAGCCCAAAGAGCGAAUCGCUGGAAAAGCAGACGCAGGUUACGGGAUUUGCGGAGGCAGUAGUUAAUUUUACCGAAAAUUUCACCGAGAAGUGGGACGAGUCCGAAUUUUCGCACCGUUAUGUGUACACCACCAAGCAGCUGCACGUGUACAUUCUGGUCGAGUCGGCCGAAUACAUCAUCGGUGCCGGAUUGAACAAGCAAGUGUUGCCUUUCUAUUGUUUGCUAGAGCUGAGCGCAAAAGAGAAUUAUGUUUUGCGUGGAUCAGCAAUCAGAGCCAUACUGAUCACCGCCUAUAAAAUGUUCCGCCUGUUCUUUGGUUCGUUCUCGCGGCUGAUGUUAAGCAAUCCAGUGCACUUGAAGGAUCGUUUGGAAUAUUUCUUUUCACGUUUCCUACCCCAGUUUCGUUUGCAUCGUAUGCCUUUGCUGGAUCUCUUCUCCGGUAUUGAUUUUCUGUCGCUGGAUAGCACGAACUAUUUGCGAAUUGAGAAUUUCUUGGAUCAGUUAGCGGAGGAAUUCCCACAAAUUUCGAAAACAGCAUUCUUUUAUCGAGAGCGCCUGAUUACCCAUACCGUUUCCAAGACUGAUUUACCUGUACUUAUUCGAUACCUCACCCAGAACCUUCUCAACAAAUCACUAAAGGAAGAGUUGCAGCCUGAAAAAGUUCGCAACUAUAUUAAUGGAUGUACCUGGCGGAAAGACAGAUGUUUUCGUUCUUUCAGGAAGGAAUCCGGUCAUCAUGGAAAAUUUCUAACGGGCCCAAUGGUUUCAGCAAAAAAUUUGUCACAAAACGAUAAAUAUGAUGUGAGAUUGCCAAUCGUUUAUCUCUGCGAUGAUACUAACAAUGAACGGAGACUUGUGCCUUAUGAGCUGGUCGUCUAUCGUGCCUUAAACGCCACAGUAUGCCUCUUCUUGCAAAAAAGUGCAGAUCUAGCAUUUUUACAACGGUUGGACAAUUAUCUUGGACCGGAACUGAGUGUGAUCGCAUCUGUUAUUGGUGAAUCCUACGGUACUCUGAACGAUAUCUCAUCAUUGAAAGAAAAGGACUUCCAUUUUCUUUAUUUCAAUCCUGAAAGUUUGAGUCUCAAGACCAGUUUUGUUGAAAAUAUCGAUUCAAGCCGGAGCCAGAAUCUGUCAUCGCUACCUACAUCUGUGUACAAAUUGAUUUGCGAUACUUUCGAUGAUUUUUUGGAAAAAGAAGAUUUUGGUGAAACUACAACGAGGCUCGAUGCUGACUGGUGGCUUAUCAUCAAAAAAGUAAACAAACGUUUCCUGCUGCUUGUACUGAGAAGCAAUACACUCACUACGCCAGCCGAUUUGCAGCAGCACGUGAAUGAUAUCAUCAGAUUGAACUUCAAUACGAUAUUUUUGUUUUAA